CCUCCCUUCGAGCACUCUCCAGUCCCCGUACUCUACAGGGCUUCGAAACAUAACAGCGAUUUGAAAGCUUAACAGCGUGUCGACAAGUAGCCUAUCGCGUCACAUCGCUACUGUUACCCUAAAAAGCAACAUUUGCAACGUUUUAGCUCUAAACAGAACCCCACCACAAGCUAAAGUACAAUGUUUAAAAAGUUGACUCGAAUCCUUCUGGAGGAGGUGGAUAACAGCGGUGAGCUGAAAUCGAUCUCCAGUGUCUAUGAAUCCAUGCGCCUGGAUGUGCUGUCUGUACUGAAGAUUGUGGAGUCCAAGAAGUUUUUCAUCUUCAAAACUGAAAGCUACCGUCCCACAGGGUUUAAAUUGCAGGAUUUACUCCAGGGCAUGGACACUGUGGACUUUGGUGGAUGCCAUCAGGACAGCAUAGCAACUGUGGAUAUAAAGCAAAAAUGGGAGGGAAAUGCUGGAAUGAAAAGCACCUCAUCUAUUCCCAAGACAGAAAUAAACUGUCAGGUGGACAUUACUGGCUCUACAACUGAGAUAAAAUUGGAGAGCAUGUCUAUGAGCCGUUCUAAACUACAGAACAGUAAAAUAGAUGAGCGCCACAUCCUGUUCAAGGACAUGAAAGAGAACAAAAAAAUCUUGGGGCUUGGUGUGGUAUAUGAAGUCAUGAAAAACAAAAACCCGAUGAUAUUGGAGCAGACAACCAAGGGAGAGGGGAGCGCAAAGAUAUUGGUCAUCAAUGUUGCCUCGAUGGAAGCUGGUGGAAAAGUAGAAUGUAAGCAGCAACUGAAACUGGAUGCUGGCUGCGUUCUGGGAUUCAAAGUACACCCCCUCUAUUUGAAGACGACAAAGGAGCGCACUGCAAAACAGUUCAUGUGUUCAGAUGGUAUGCCAGAGUUAGAAGAAUCGGUGGCUGACGAUUUUCCAAGGCUGAAGUGGCGUGUGGAAGCAGAGCUUCGAGAUUUUGGAGACAUGGAUCAAAGUGCAAGGAAACUCAUCUGGGUGUCCCUAUAUAAGACACUGAAGUCCCCUCAGGACCUGUAUGAAUUGGGUUGCAUGCUGGAGGAAGGCAUCUUCACAGGUAGCGUGUCCAGGAGUGUCCAGGAUCUGCUUCAGCUGUUGGGACUGGAUAGUGUUGAGUCCUCUGACGCGCAUGACCUUGUCAAACCCAUUGGUUUCCUGGUCAGUGCUCUGUCCGAGCUAAAUGAAGAGGUGGUGACUCUUAUUCUGGAUCUGGAUGAUGAAGUCAGAGGUCAGGUGCUGGAACUGGUGGAGGGAGUGCUGGAGCAGGUGUGCAGCUUGGAUGAUGGUGUCCCUCAAAAGAGUGGACAGUUUUCCGAAAAUACCAUGAGGAUGGCCACUCAGGUACUGGCAUCCUGCGGGCUCAAAUUGGCCGGGGAUAGCCUAGACCCAAGCUUGGGUUUCCCAGGGCAUCCUGAUGUUACCCUCCUGGCCCUUUACAUCUUAUUGAAGGGACUGGACAAGCUGUUGGGGCCAUGAACAUUCUGUUCUGGACUAUCCGUUAUGAAUGCUCAGGCUGAUGAUAUUAAAAUUAAAGAAACUGAUGCGCAUAAUUUUUAAAAAUGCAGACAGCCAUCAAACACUUCUAAAUGGGAAAUAGAAACAAACUUCUCCGUCCAGUUGUGAACAAUCAUACAUUUUAGUUAUUUGAACAAAAGUAACUCCCAAACCCCCAAAUAGUUUUGUUUUCAGCAGGUUUCAGCAGUAUUUUAGAUUUACACAAUAUUGUUCAACAUACAUGUAGGUCUACUGCUUCCUACUUACAGUUUUCAUGUAUCUGAGCGACUGGUUGCAAAAAUACUCUCUUGGUACACUGCACACUGAUGCAGUCCAUUUGUGCUUGAGUCAAAUCCAUACAGUGACAAAAACAGCAAUACACAAAAAACAUCAAUCAUAAUCUGAAAUAUACAAGUGGGUAUCGUGUAUUGGUAAAAAAAAAUUUUUUAAAACAAUGCAGAGAAGUCAUUUGAGAUGGAAUUGAUGCAUUUUUGUGUGUGGUAAUUUCUAGAAAAGGUUUUCUUGAAAGUUCUGUAGAAGUCCUAGAAACAUGCAUUAUUAACCCUUGUAUUCAGUUUACUUAUAAUCAUUUAUGAAACUUGCUUGCAAGCUAGCUUCCACAUGCAAACACUGUUGAAAAGGUAUGGACCCCAAGUUUACUACACAUAACCAUCUAUAGAUAGGGGUCUUUCAAUCUGUGGCACAUUGAAAAAAAACAUUUAUCAGUGUCAGUGGAAUAGACCUGGAAUUCAGCUCUGCCUUACUGGCAGAGCCUGUUUUUUUACAGUUCCAAACAAUGUUUUGUGUUCCCACCACCUAAGUUGCAAAAAAAUUUUGUUUUAUGAAAGCUGAAAUAAAAUUUGUCUACUGUAUUGCA